GAGGAGUUUAAUGGCCUGUGUAGCUGCAGGGUCGAUAAUGGUGUCAGACUGGCAUCGAAGCCCUGAAAGCCGGGAAUUUUUCAGCAAGAUACUGCACAACAAAAAGCGGAGAAAAUUCGGCCUCUUGGAAGCUCCAGUGAUGCCUCCACAAUUGAAAGCAGACAUAGUUCGCUAUAAAGUGUUCCUGUCAGGAAAAAGUGGAGUGGGGAAAACAGCUCUAGCUGCUCGUCUUGCUGGUCUAGACAUGCCCAAUAUACACUAUGAAACCACAGGCAUGGAGACAUGUGGGGUGUUUUGGCCCGUGAAGCUGAGGGAGAGCGGCCGCAUGCUUUUCUUCCACUUCCAGCUCUGGGACUGUGGCGAGAGUGCCAUGCGCAGAUUUGACCACAUGCUGCCGUCGUGUAAGGAACAUGUGGACGCUAUUCUCUUCCUGUUCUCCUUCACCGACCGAGGAUCUUUUGAGGAUCUUUCCAAUCAAAUGUCUCGGAUCACAGAGCCAUCAGACCGACUCGUCAGAUUGGUGGUUGGGACCAAAUUUGACUUGUUUAUGCACACAGAUGUAACCGAGAGUGACAUCACACGCUUUGAGGAGGUGUGGGGUGUGCCUGUGUUUCGGGUUGGAGGCGAUGUGAGCGGAGGCUUUGGUGAAAUCUCACCCCUUUUAAAUGCCUUGGCAGAAAACCUCUGGUACCAGGACUGUAUGCAUGCCUCCACUUCAGUACCAUCCUACCCAGGACACAUUGGCCCAGAAAUUAUCGUAUAAGCUCACAUUUUUAACAGCACACUGAUUGCCGUCAUGUUAGACACUGAAUCCAUUAUAGACUUUCUAGGAAUUCAACUCACAGAUGAAAAUUAUCUCGAAAAAAAAGACCGUUACUAUAUUAUUACAUACCUCAUUCAUAUAUGCUUUGCACUAGUACAAAAUUCAACAAAAACAUUGUCAGUUUAAGAAUCACAUAUUCAUUGACAUGGGCACGGUGGCUUAGUGGUUAGCACGUUUUGCUCACACCUCCUGGGUUUGGGGUUCGAAUCCCUCCGGAUACUCCGGUUUCCUCCCCCAGUCCAAAGGCGUGCGUUGUAGGCCGAUUGGCAUUUCCAAAUUGUCCGUGGUGUGAGACACCCUGUCCAAGUUGUCCACUGUCUUGUUCUUCGAGUUCUCUGGGAUAGGCUCCAGGCUCCCCCACGACAUAUCGGUCACAGUGGAGCCUAUCCUGGAAACCCUGGGCAUGAGAUGGGAAUAUAUCCUCACUGUGACAUCAGUCUAUCGCAGGGGACCGUGCACAUACACAUUCACACAUGGGGUAUGUUUUGGGAGGUGAGAGGAAAGUGGAGCACCUGGAGGAAACCCACAUGGACACAGGGAGAAAAUAUGAAGCUUCACAAGCAAUAAGGAAUAAAUUAAGAAGCCUGGAGUGUGAACCUGCAGCACUACCUGCUGCACCACUGUGCCCUCCUUAAGUAAUAUCAUCAUAAUAUAAAAGUGCAUAGACCAUUCUAAGGGGGAAGUGGGAAGUCAGAAUGACAUCAUUUUCGACCUCCAUGUGUUCAAGCUGCAAAGUGGGAAACAGCAACAAUCUAGCCAGCUACAUUAGUGAUAUGAGUGAUGUAUUACCUCCUCAAAACAGCGAACUGUAUAUGUUACAUAUACUGUAAGUGUUCGAGUUAACAAACUAAUGUGUCUGCCUGUUGAUUGUUCUAAAGCAAAUACUAGUAUGUACAGUAUGACUCAUUUAAUAGUAAAGAACUGCUGGUUUGUUUACUAUUGAUACUGUGAGCAGCCAUGUUGAUUUGACGUCAUGUGCUGAACUCUGGGUCUAUGGGACCUUUCCGACUAGGAAUUCCAUGUUUUCUUUGUUUUUUCCUAGUCAGAGAUCAUAAUUGUUUUAGUUGAAUGCAGCAUAAGCUUAAGUGAUGCAGUUCAAAUUGUGUUCAAUAAUAUAACUUGACAGUGCAAUGUACAACAAUAUUAUGAAUUUUUAAUUUUUUUUUAAAAAGCUACCUCAACUACUUCUGACAUCUGACCAUGAACACAAGUAGUGAUGAAUGGGUCUAAUUUUUUUUUUGUUCCUUUUCCAAAUCAACUACAUAAUAAAGUUGUCUAUGUUGAACAACAGAUAUUUACUUAUCGUUUGAAAUAUCUGAAGAAUGUGUAUGAACAUUAAACAUAUUUAUAGCCUACAUAUUAUGUAAGUGUAACAAUAUUAUAAAUAAAAAUACAUUAAAUUUGUCAUUCUUAAUUAGCACAGCCAAAU